GCUCAUCAGUGUAUACGCGUACACCAUGAAGACUGUCCACGGUCCAGCGAUCGAGCCGAUCGAGUCGGAGAAUUCGAUUGUCAUUGCAGGUAUAGCAGGCAAAUAUCCACGAUCGGACAAUGUGCAAGAGUUUGCCGACAAUCUGUACAGCAAGAUUGAUCUUGUCGAUGACAAGGAAGAUCGAUGGCGCCAUACACAUCCGGACAUACCGACGCGUCUGGGAAAGCUGAACACUCUCGCAAAGUUCGAUGCGAACUUCUUUGGCUACAGUCCCAAGGAGGCGCAUACGAUGGAUCCUCAGCAUCGGAUACUGCUGGAGCACUGCUACGAGGCAGUUCUGGACGCGGGACUACAUUUGGAUGAUUUGCGUGGCACAAAAACGGGUGUGUUUAUUGGAUUCUCGAUGUCCGAGACGGAGACUUACUGGACGUACAAGAAGACGCGCAUGCCCUACAAAAAAGUAAUGCUGGGCUUUACAAGAAGUAUGUUAGCGCUUAAGAUAGCAUACGCAUUGGAUCUGAAGGGACCAGCUGUCACGGUGGAUACGGCCUGUAGUAGCUCCAUGUACGCUCUCGAUUGGGCCUGUAAAGCCAUCCGCCAAGGGCAGUGUGAUGCGGCAUUCGUUGCCGGUACCAAUCUUACACUGCAUCCUUACAUUACGCUUCAAUUUGCACUGCUCGGUGUGCUAGCACCGGACGGAUUUUGUCGACCAUUCGAUAAGAGUGCUUCGGGGUAUUCCCGUUCGGAGGCUAACGCAGUGAUUCUGCUCCAAAAGGCAAAGGAUUCGAAGCGUAUCUAUGCACACGUUGUGAACACCAAAACGAACUGCGAUGGAUACAAGCUCGAGGGUAUUACCUUCCCAUCGAACAAGAUACAGAAGCAGCUGCUGGAUGAGCUGUACUCCGAGGUACCAUACGAUCCUAAGGACGUCAGCUAUGUCGAGGCUCACAGUACCGGUACCAUGGUUGGAGAUCCGGAGGAAUGUGACGCCAUAGAUAAGGUGUUCUGUCCCGACCGAAAAGGCCCACUGCUUGUUGGAUCGGUCAAAUCGAACAUUGGACAUUCGGAACCGGCUGCUGGAAUUUGUUCCAUCACUAAGUGCAUAAUCGCAAUGCAAACUAACCUUAUUCCCCCGAACAUCCACUUCACAGAACCUAGGAAAGAUGUACCGUCGCUGUUAAAUGGCCACCUGAAAGUGGUCGACGAACCGACACCGCUCGAUGGACCACUGGUCGCGGUCAAUUCUUUUGGAUUUGGAGGAGCAAACGCACACGCACUGCUGCAUGCUCACACUGGGAAAAAGGCGUCGUCCAAUGGACGCCCUUCAGAUGAUCUGCCUCGGCUGAUUGUUUGGAGUGGACGAACGAUCGAAGCGGUUGAUCAUUUUCUGGAAGGAAUUGCCAAACACAACUUUGACCCCGAACUUUACGCCCUAACGCACAACAUUCAGCGAAAGGAGCUUUCUAAAAUGAACAAUCGAGGAUACGCAAUACUUGCUCGGCGUGAAGACGGCACCACUGCUGUCCUGCAGAAAAGUGUUGUCAAGGCGCGAAAAACUCUGCCCAAGUUUGCCAUCGUCUUUGGACAGAUGGAUUACGAUUGGUCAACGACGCUGCAAUCGUUUGAGAAAUUCGCACCAUUUCAAUCAUCGGUAGAACAGUGUUUGGGCCUGUUGAAGGCACCCGAGUCUGAUUGUAUCUUCAGUAAAGAUCCACAAGCAACCAUUCUCCAGCGAGCUGUUUGGACGCUUAUCAUACAGAUCAGUGUGUAUCAUACGCUGAAAGCGAUCGGGCUUAAGGUGGACCAGUAUGGUGGAUACUCGAUUGGACAGAUAACGUGCGCGUACAUUGAUGGUGUACUGUCGCUUUCGGAUGCAAUACGUGUGGCCUUUACGCAUGGAGUUCUACUCGGUCCAUACCACAACCCAGAGACGUUUAACUAUCGUGAUAUUAUCACGGACAAGGAUUUGAAUGCUAAGCUGACAUCGGUGCUGCAAUCGUUCCUGUUUGCGAAACCUACCGGCAAGUGGAAGACUGCUACCUCGGUGCUAUCCUUCCGUAUCUACGAUCCUAAAUCUUCGGCUCAAAUAUUUAACAGACUUGACAGUGAUGCUGUAGUGCUGCAACCACUUCCUUCGAUUCAAUCUACUGAUGACAUUGUGAAAAGUUUCCUAGCUACUAUUGGGCGAGCUUUCGUCGAUGGACAACAGUGCCAGUUGCUCGAUCUUUAUCCCGAGGUAAAGUUCCCCGUCUCACUAGAAACUCCCAUGAUUGGUCCGCUCAUCCAAUGGGAUCACUCCGUAGACUGGCACGUGGCUAACUUCCAAACCAAAAAGAUGGUGGAUCAAGGCUCCAACCAAUACACUGUCACACUUCACGAGCAAGAGUACAUAGCCGGACACUGCAUCGAUGGUAGGGUACUAAUACCUGCCACAGAAUAUCUGUAUCUUGUGUGGGAUUCCUUCACCAGCAAAACGGGAACCAUCCCGAAUGAAGUAGCCGUUGAGUUUACGGAGAUAGAGUUUCUACGCGCCACUACCAUUACGAGCGGUCAAACUGUAACACUCUUUGUCGAGAUCAACGACAUUAGUGGACAUUUUGAAGUGAUCGAAGGUUCGACUCUGGUCGUUACGGGAUGCAUUCAACGUCUCAACAACUUCAAACUUCAGUCCAUUCAGCAGCGAAACACGCAAGCAAUAACGCUUCCAACGAGAGACUUCUACAAAGAGCUGCGACUUCGCGGAUACCACUAUGGAGGAUUGUUCAAGUCCGUUAUGGAGUCGGCCACCGAUGGUUCGUUUGCAAACAUCGAAUGGAAGGGUAACUGGACAGCGCUUUUGGAUUGCAUGCUGCAGGUCGCCAUCAUUGCGGUGGAUUCACGUUCGCUCAUGAUUCCUACCCGUAUUGAGUCGAUCAAGGUUGAUCCUAUACGGCAAAAAUCCUCACUCCAAACCAGCAGAGAGAACGUCCAGUUCUACAACGUGUGUUUCGAUAGCGAUCUUAACCUUUUGCAGAGCAGUGGAAUUGAGAUUCGUGGUCUUAAUGCGAGUACUAUCGCGCGACGACUUCCGCCGGGUGUUCCUGUGCUAGAGAGCUACAAGUUUUAUCCCUAUUUCUCUCAGCAAACCAUACAACCGGCACAAGCUGCUUCUUUUAUUCUACAAACCAUUCUUGACAAUCAGACAACAUUGGUUUGUGCUGUUACGGAGAUUCACUCUAAAACGAAGGAACCUAUCAUUUCCCUCUUUGGCGAUGCUAUCGGUGACUUGCCGUUGGUGAAGGCCCACCUUACAUUGCUUUCCAACACGAAGCCUGAGCCCAUCCCUAACGUCACUAUCUCGGAAGAUAAGCUCAUGAAGCAACGUAACGUACUGUUGCUUAUCUGUGAGAACCUCUUCAGCGACGACGAGUUCAUCUCCGAUGCUAUCAAUUCGCUUUCCGAUCAGGGCUUCAUACUGCUUCGCGAGUCUCAAGGAUAUCAGCUUCAGGAUAGCCAUCGACGGCUCCAGCUUGUGAGUACCCUCCCGAUCGAAGGAGAGACAUUCCUGCUACUCCAACAAAAGAAGUCUGCUAUGAACACCUCCGUCGAUGCUCACGUUAUUCAAAUAUCGUCGAAAGAUACCGCCCAUAACUGGUUGUUGGAGUUGAAACAAGAAGUCAAAACGAAACCCAUCAUUCUCGUCGCUCAAAAUGAUUCUUCUUCGGGUGUCAUCGGACUUGUGAACUGUAUCCGCAAGGAACCCAACAUUCAAACUGUUUCUUGUUUCUUCAUUGACGAUCCCAAUGCUCCGGCGUUUGAUCCAUCCAAUCCAUUCUACAAAGAUCAGAUUGAGCUUGGACUGGCGAUCAACGUCUAUCGCAAUGGUCAAUGGGGAUGUUAUCGCCAUUUCAAGCUGCUGGAAGAGCCGCGGUAUGAGUCGACCACUAACCACUGCUUCGCCAACUGUGUCAAGCCUGGAGAUCUCUCUUCAUUCACGUGGAUGGUUGGACCGUUGAGCGAGCAACCGCCUAAAAGCCCUUUAAUUAAAAUCGUAUACAGCUCUUUGAACUUUAAGGACGUUAUGAUUGCUACCGGAAGACUAACGCUUGAAACGUUCUGCACUGAUAGGAUGGAACAAGAGUGCGUUCUAGGCUUCGAAUAUUCUGGUGUAACAGCGGCCGGUAAGCGGGUAAUGGGCAUCAUUCAAGCUGGAUCUAUGGCUACAAUGGUUGAGGCAGAUACUAUCUUUACGCUGGAAGUUCCUGAUUAUUUAACUUUGGAACAGGCAGCUACCAUACCUACUGUAUACGCUACGGUCUACGCUGCCUUCUUCAUUUGCUCUCAAAUUCGCAAAGGAAAUUCCGUUCUCAUACACGCUGGUACGGGAGGUAUCGGUCUUGCCGCUAUUCGAGUUUGUCUGGCAUACGGACUCGAAGUCUUUACCACCGUCAGCACCAAGGAGAAACGAGAGUUCCUCCUCAGUUACUUCCCUGACCUGAACCCCAACAACAUCGGUAAUUCCAGAGAUACCUCCUUCGAAACUCUCAUCAAGGAGCGUACUGAUGGCCGAGGUGUCGACUUUGUUCUCAACUCUCUUUCCGAGGAAAAGCUUCAGGCAUCCAUCCGCUGUUUAGCUAAAGGAGGACACUUCCUCGAAAUCGGAAAGUAUGACAUGAUGAAGGAUUCCAAGCUGGCGAUGACUCUUUUCCAUAAAGGAAUCACCUUUACUGCCGUGCUCGUCGAUUUGUUGUUCAAGGAAAGGCGAGAUUUACUGAUAGCGUUGCACAAACUUAUUUCGAACGAUAUUUCCAAGGGCAUCAUCCAGCCGCUUCCUACUACCGUCUUCCAGGCGCAUGAGAUCGAACAAGCGUUCCGAUAUCUUGCUACUGCCAAACACAUCGGAAAGGUUGUACUUAAGAUUCGUGACAAUCAGGAUGAUAUCGGUUCUGUCCCAAUAUGCUAUCUUCCUCGGGUUUACUGUAACCCUGAGCAAAGCUUCGUCAUUGCUGGUGGUCUUGGUGGAUUUGGACUCGAGUUGGCCGAUUGGCUUAUUAUUCGAGGAUGUCGUAAGCUAGUGCUCAGCUCCAGCCGAGGAAUCACCAAGCCUUAUCAACAGUACCGUAUCAACACAUGGCACACAUACGGAGUCCAAGUUGUCAUCUCCACGGAAGACAUUUCUACCGAGAGUGGAUGUCGUCGACUCCUCCAACAAGCCAUCCGUAUGGGACCUAUCGCUGGUAUCUUUAAUCUGGCCGUACAGCUCCGGGACGCGAUUAUCGAAAACCAAUCGGUGGACAAGUUUGCCGAAUGUUUGGCUCCUAAGGCCACCGCCACACAUCAUCUCGACCUUAUCAGCCGAGAGCUGUGUCCCAUGCUGAAACACUUCGUCGUGUUCUCCAGUGUCUCUUGCGGCCGAGGAAAUGCUGGCCAGUCUAACUACGGUAUGGCGAACUCCAUCAUGGAACGAAUCAUCGAGCAUCGCGUCGCUCAAGGCCUACCAGGAAAAGCCAUCCAAUGGGGAGCCAUCGGUGAGGUCGGUAUUGUUGCGGAUAUGCAAGAGGACAAGAUCGACAUGGAGAUCGGAGGUACAUUGCAGCAACGACUCUCGUCCUGCAUCCAAGUGCUCGAUCAACUACUCUCCACUCAAGAGCCUAUUGUGGCCAGUAUGGUUGUGGCCGAGAAGCGAAGCUCUAGUGGUGGAGCGAAGAACAUCGUCGAGGCUGUUAUGAACAUCAUGAACAUUCGAGACAUGAAGUCUGUCUCUGUUGAGAGUACCCUUGCCGACAUCGGUAUGGAUUCUCUCAUGGCCGUCGAAAUCCGACAGGUACUGGAGCGUGACUUCGAUAUCAUUCUAACGCCGCAAGAUCUUCGUACACUCACGUUCUCCAAGCUUCAGAAGCUUGCUGACGCAAAGGCUGAGAAUGAGGCAGCUGAGGCCACUACUCAACAGCUGCAGCUUGAGGACUUGCUGGCUAGCUUCGGUGAUGAAGCCGCCAGCCAUCACACUGUCCUACGGUUGCCCUCCAAGUGUAACGAUCUCGAAUACGAUCGUCCCGUGCUGCUCAUCCCGGGCAUUGAGAGUGUUUGCAGCCCGGCCUGGACGAAGAUCGCUUCCGAAAUUAAUGCUCCUACAUUCAUGCUGCAGACGUUCGCCAACGCUACCGACGAGCAGACCGUCUCCGGAAUCAUUGACACCGUGUUUGACGAGAUGUUCGAGACUGUCUUCGCCAAGGCAGAACAGUUCUUGGUCAUUGGAUAUUCCUUCGGAUCGUUGUUGGCGCUAGAGAUCGUGAAACGCCUGGAAGCACGAUCACUACAAGGAAAGUUGAUGCUAAUCGAUGGUUCUCCAUUGUAUCUGCAACGCUUCGCCAGCCACCAUUUAUCAGGCUUUGAUGACGAACAUCUUCAAAUGGCAAUCCUUACGCUCGUGCUAUCCUUUGUCCUUCCCACAACUACACAGGACAUUAUUAAACCCAUCAUGGAUCAAACAACGUACCUUGAGCGUGUAGACAAGCUGAUGGAGAUUGCCCGCGAUUCAAACCCGUUUACGGAAGAGUACGCUCGCAAGAUGAUGCGCGUACUGUUCUAUCGUUUAAAGGCAGCGAUGAACAUGAGUACGGAAGCGAAGGAAAAGAUCAUAUCACCGCUCGUCCUGGUGCGAUCAGCGAAUAUCAGCGAUGUCGAGGAGGAUUACGGGCUGAGUGAGUUUACUGUCGCAUCGCUGAUUGUGAAAAUUAUCGACGGAACGCAUCAAACCAUGCUCGCGAACCCGGAACUCAUCGAGAUCAUUAACAAGGACACGCUUUAG